UUAUUGGCUGCCACUCCCGGUGGCUGUGAGAGCCUAUGGGUUUCCUCUCAUACGGGGCAGGAACAUUCUCAGCCAAUUGGAACCGCAAAAGUGGAAGAUUGGCAUGGAACCUCAUGAAUAUUACAAGUGGGCAAAUGACGGCUACUUAAAUUCAAGUUCACACCUAUCGUUCCCUUCUUUUCUGUCCAAAGCCAGGCAGUAACAACCAUACAGCGAUCACGACUGAACGAUCCAAAAGAAGACGAUCAUGUCCGAGAAACUGCCCUUCAAAGUUGCUGACAUCAGCCUGGCGGAGUGGGGCCGCAAAGCUAUUGACAUUGCAGAGAAUGAGAUGCCCGGCCUGAUGAAGAUGAGGGAGAUGUACGGCCAGUCCAAGCCCCUGAAGGGCGCCCGCAUUGCAGGCUGCCUCCACAUGACCCUGCAGACCGCCGUGCUGAUUGAGACCCUCACUGCCCUCGGAGCCGAGGUUCAAUGGUCCAGCUGCAAUAUCUUCUCCACUCAGGACCACGCCGCUUCAGCCAUUGCCAAAACUGGGGUUCCAGUGUAUGCCUGGAAGGGCAUGACCGAUGAGGAGUAUGUGUGGUGCAUUGAGCAGACCAUCUACUGGAAGGAUGGCCAGCCCCUCAACAUGAUCCUGGAUGAUGGCGGUGACCUCACCAACAUGGUCCACAAGAAGUACCCCAAGCUGCUGUCAGGAAUCAAGGGGGUGUCUGAGGAGACCACCACCGGGGUGCACAACCUGUACAAGAUGUUGAAGAAUGGCGACCUCAAGAUCCCAGCCAUCAACGUCAACGACUCAGUCACCAAGAGCAAGUUUGACAACCUGUAUGGCUGCAGAGAGUCUCUGAUUGAUGGGAUCAAACGGGCCACAGACGUGAUGAUCGCCGGGAAGGUGGCGGUUGUUGCCGGUUACGGUGAUGUUGGCAAGGGCUGCGUUCAGGCCCUCCGUGGGUUUGGUGCCCGUGUCAUCGUCACAGAGGUUGACCCCAUCAAUGCCCUGCAGGCUGCCAUGGAAGGAUAUGAAGUCACCACCAUGGAGGAAGCUUGCAAGGAGGGAAACAUCUUUGUGACCACCACUGGCUGUGAGGACAUUCUUUUGGGCAAACACUUUGAGCACAUGAAAGACGACUCCAUCGUUUGCAACAUCGGCCACUUCGACUGUGAGAUAGACAUGAACUGGCUCAAUGCCAACGCAGCCGAGAAGAUAAACAUCAAGCCACAGGUGGACCGUUACCGCAUGAAGAAUGGCCGCCACAUCAUUGUGCUGGCUGAGGGCAGAUUGGUUAAUCUGGGCUGUGCCAUGGGUCACCCCAGCUUUGUCAUGAGCAACUCCUUCACCAACCAGGUGUUGGCCCAGAUUGAGCUGUGGAAGAACACCAGCAAGUACCCCCUGGGAGUUUACUUCCUGCCCAAGAAGCUGGAUGAGGAGGUGGCUGCUGCCCAUCUUGACAAGCUUGGCGUCAAGCUGACUAAGCUUUCAGAUAAGCAGGCCAAAUACCUGGGACUGCCCCGCGAAGGACCCUUCAAGCCUGACCAUUACCGCUAUUGAGAAAUGUCAGGAAGGUGGCCAAGCAGCGGCCCAGACUCAUGGUGGGGGUCUGAUGGUGGUAUGGUGGCGCAUGGACACGUGGGUUUGGGUAGGCCAAGAUUCCCACAAGUCUUUUGGAGGUUAGGACAUUUUGCUUCAACUACCCUUUAAACUGUCUUGCCCAUUCUACAUACCUUUUAGAUUCCAACCAGAGCUCCUUCGCCUUUACAGCAACAAGUGCUAAGUGGCUUCUAAAGGCACUAUUCUUGUUAUAAAUUGCAUUCCCUCUUUGAUCAUGGAAAAAAAUGUGAUGCUUUUAGUUGAAAAUCCCCAUACUAUUCAAGUUUACAUAUACACCAUAGCUAAUAUGGCAAUAAGUGCUGGUUUCAUAUCAUUGUCUUACGGAGAAACUCUGACGUACCACCAAAGCCUGGCUUAAAGAACACACUCAGUUUCCCCAUUUGCUUAUUUUGUAAGUCUAGGAUUCUGUCUGAAGGGACAGGAAACGUCCAAGUGCUUUCCUGUUCUGUUUUCUACGCUGAGCUGUGACGGAAUGGGCUGUGGUCUGGUCGAACAUAUACUGCCAUGUUUAACGGUUACAUUGUUAAUCCCAAGUGUUGCAUUUCCUACAGUACUUGCACUGUUGUGAAAUGUGAUGCAAUAAAGAUACAAUUUUA